AUGGUCAACGUCGCUACUCUCGCUCUCUACGCCACAGCUGUGCUGGGCGCUGCCAUCCGCCGUGAUGUCGCCGAGACCCUUGCCGAUCUUCAAGCCAUUGAUGCCUCGACGAACUCGCUGACCAGCACCAUCAACUCCUGGGACGGCUCCGUCGUCGGCGCCCUUACCAUUUCCUCUGCAGCCACCGCCGUGGGCGACCAGAUCGACGCCGCCAACGACGACGCCUCCGAUGAGAGCGUCGCCUCGAGCGAGGACUCGGCGACCAUCAUUGCGUACAUCACCGAGACUGGCGAGCCCGACAUCAAGGCCUCUCUCGACGCCCUGGUCGCGCGCGAGGCCGACUUUGAGUCUGUCGGCGUCGCUGCCGUUGUGCUGAGCCAACUCCAGACCCUCAAGAGCAAGACCGAUGCCUACGGUGCCACUCUCCUCUCCAUCACCUCUACCGACCAGCAGGAUGCUGCCAGUGCUGCUCUGGCCCUGCUUGAUUCCGACUUUGACACUGCCAUUACCGCCUUCUCUUAG